AUGUCUGCCGGCGCCAGGCCGUCGCCUGGAAAAUCCGGCUCUGGUGGUGACGCCGAGCAGGGCAGUCGAACGUCAGUUUCCGGAAGCCAGUGCAGCGGGAGUGAGUCGACAAACAGUGGUUCAGCAUUCGCCCCGGGCGAAAACGAAGGUCGACGAGAGCUUUGUGUGGCUCACGUCGUCGAGCUUGAAAGACAGUUUCAAGAUCUGCGAGAAAAACUUUACCAGGAGAAAUUGUAUUUGAAUCACGUACGGCAAAGCCAAGUCAGAAAUGAGACCUCAAGUGAAUAUGUCAAGGGACUGCGGUCACUCGAAGCAUCUCACGAAGAGCGGGUACGAGCGGCACAGGAGUUACGACGACUGCAAUUAAAGAAUAUUCAAAACCUGUACGACGGGGAAGUGUAUGCAGCGAAAACUGAUUUGAAAGCUCGAAAACGUGCGUUACUCGAACAGCUGAAGGAAAAGAUUAACAAGGACAUGACUCAACUACAUAGUGACAUGAAAACGGCGAAUAUGGGACUCGACUUUUGGCUGUCUGAAAAGGGAAGAGGUGCUGCUAGGAACCGAGACAGUAGCCUAGGUAACGGAGGUGAUAAAGUGAAGGCGUCUCAAACCGGUGCCGAAAAGCGCAGGAGACCGACCAUUGUCUAUGGCCCUUACCUAGUGUACCAUCUGCGCGAUUCAGCGAUUAACGAAGAUUUGCAGAUCAUUCGCAAAGCCAUCAUUGAGUCAGAGGUUCAGAACAAAUCUGGGUCGUUUUUUGAAGGCCAUGUUGCUGUGAAACGGUACGAGAUUCUCUCAUACUUGCGAUCGCUGAUGGAGUUGCUCAAAGGGGAGGAAUACUGGCAGGUGCAACCGAGGCCAGCAUGUUGCGUGAAGUUCCGUAACGAUGCCGGCGAGAAGGCCUUCAUCAACGUAUGCACAUGUUCUGAGCUUCCGCAUCCUCGAUACCUUACCGAGGAGGAACUGAUCGCGGUUUUGCAGUCUAAUGUUGAGUUUCGCAUCCCGCUUAGCGUCAGUGACGUUCACUACGAAUUCGACAAAGCCGGAAAACAGUGUAUGGUGUUCGAUGUGAUAGUCAAUGACGAGUUCUACCGUAACAAAAUAAAAACCAGCGAGGUGUUCAAGACAUACUUCAUAAUGGUCGCCGUGGACGCUAUCGAACAGAAGUUACAUGUCAAGCUCGAUCGCAACAACUGGGUGCUUCUGCGUAAUCCUUCCAACAAGUAUGGCUUCGAUGCUAUCCUUCCGCUUAAAAUGGACCCUGAAAGAGCGAAUGUCGAAUUUCGCGUUGCAGAUGAACUUCUUGUUAUCGUCGUACCUGUGGCUAGAAAACGUUCCGAUAUCGGUGGAGACUAA